GGCGAUUUAAAUGUAAGAAAGUAAAUCAAAACGGCAAAAAUAAAGGUGUAUUAUGAUUUUGCAAUUAAAUUAUUUUUCUGGUGAAAACGUCCGUGUGUUUAUAAUACAAUGAAUUGAUGAAAUUGUAACUUUUCCUAAGUUGUUUCCCACUUAAGUGUUAUUGUUUGAAAAUAGCGUCGAAAAUCAAAAAACGUUUAAUAUACAAUCUAGUAACUGAAGCUUUCAGAAAAGUUUGCUACACUUAAAAAUCGGAGCCAGUUUACUAGAAUAAAACGUGUCCACAGACUAGAACAAAGAAAAAAAAGAAAUAAUUUUUUCUUUUUAGAUUCAAAGUGGAGCGAAGAAGCUUAUAGUUUUACAAAGUUACCUCACCGGAGGACUUGAUAAGAUUUUUACGUGUAGCAACCUUUCUAAAAGGAAAUCAGUGUGGGGAGUUACCUUAGAGAGGUUUCGGUUUUCUCAAGAGUUUUCUUAUCAAAUGUUAAAAACCGAAAUAAAACGGAAAUCGUACGAAUUAUAUUUGUANAACUGAAGUGAAAAUUAUACGGCAAGAAAUAGACAGGAUGAAAGACAUAACACAGAAACAGAAGCAAGAUACUGACGAGGAAGUAUUAUCCCGGGUGCCCGACAACAAACAGAAAAUAAAAUGGGUAUACGUCGUAUACUUCACACUCGUUCAUAUUCUGGCUAUUAUAGGUCUAUAUAAUUUCUGCAACGCAAAAUACCAAACGAUUAUUUUCUGUAAGUAUCAGAAAAUCAUAAAAUAAUCAAUUUUUUAUUAUAUAUGAAAUAAACGAUGUAACUAGAAUAUUUGACAAAUGUAAUAACUUUUAGAUUCUUAGUGGAUGGAGGAAUGUGUUAGUUUUACAAUGAUAUAUAUUUUUUUAUUGUGGAUAACUGUUCUAACAGCAAUUUUAUUCUGAUUUAAAAUGAUGGCAUUGUUUUCUGAAGGAGAAACUUUCUCUGGUGGUACUUUAGGGAGUUCAUUUUUUGAUUUUCACCAUGAGUUUUCUUAAUUUAUGUAAAAAUCUGGGAAAAACUACGAGAAAACCGAGAAAAAGAAACGGGGAAGAUAGGCACAAUAUUUAACAAAUUUUUAUUAAAGAAAAUUCACUAUUUUGCCAUAAUAUGACUUAUAUAUAUUGUUGACAGUCCAGCACUAUCAACUGAAUCCCGCUCAAAAUCGUAUUUUUUUUAGCAAUGAUUUAUCAUUGCGUACAUACAUUAAAUUUUCCCUCUACUACCUUUUCAACUCCUCAUCUAUAGUAGUGUCUGCACCCGUCAUCUCUAUCCUACGAUAGCUUUUAAUGCUAUAAUUUUGUAUAUUUUAUAUUUUAUUUUACUUUGUUCAACUAAAAUAAAAAUGUUGUUCUUUGAUAAUGGGGACGGGUGUAGCAAGGCUCUUCUUUCCAUUGGAUACUUUGGGUACGUUACAGGACCCUCGCGAUCGAUGGGGCCCCCAAUUCUUGUCAGAUCCCUAACCGAUAACCGAAAUUUAUUUGAUUAAAACCCUGUGCCCCCCUCCAGUUUGAAUACCUUUUUAUUGCAUGUAUUAUCUACAUUGUACACAUUUGUUUGAUUUUACACAAAUCUUAAAACUCAUUUUACGGUUUUUAAUGUAGGUAGAAACAAAUUGUAGAUAGCAGAUACUAGGCACACCAAUAUUUUUAAAUAAUAUCGAGUACCUAUACGAGUUCAAAGUUUAAUUUGUUAUUGAUCUAAAUAUAAUUUCCCUUUCCUGUUGCCAUAAUCAUAGUUUCAAUAUAAAAAUAUUGUAUUUUUGGCGGGUUACACCAAGACACGAGGUUUAUGAUGAGGUAAAAAGAAACGUUUAUUUACAACAUAAAGACAUAAUACAAGUGAUCACCAGUUGACGGCUUUUGACGGAGGAAAAGGCGAGCACGCAACAAUUAAAACAACAUUAGUUAAGAAAAACAAUUAUACAUAAUAAUUAUUCGGAGUCGGAAAACAAUUUUUCGCGAACGGCGUCGGUGCGAAGAGAGCGAGCGGAGCGGUCGUGACGUCGAGUCGAGCGGAGCUGUGGACGAUGACCUUAAAGAUGAUAUUAAAGAAAAUAUAUAGAGUCUACUAAAUUAUUUUACUAGUUUAUGUCUAAUUGAAUUCCUUACAAAGCAACAAUUUUUUUCGGCGAAUAAUUUGCAGCCACGAUCAUUUAACGAGAUACCUCACAGUAUUGAUACAUAAUCAAUUUGGAUUUAAAUUCUGGAGUUUAAGCACGUGCAUUUUUUCAUAUUACAAUUUACACCUAUUUAAAUAACUACAGAUUUUAUUAUUCUAUACAUUUUUAAUUAUUAUCGGAUACAAACUUAAAGUGUACAAAUACCUAUUUUACAGUCAUGCACAUUUCCCAAAAAUAAUAUUUUUGCCAUUAGCGAGUUUUGUCAAGAAACUGACCUGUACUUUGUAUUUAGUGAGUUAUGACUUUGUUUAUUUGAUUGCUAAGUAGAUCUUGAAUUUACACCAAUUCUCUAUAUCUGUUUGGGUUUUUAAAUAUUAUGAAAUAUUGGCAAAAAAUAAAGAACUGUAUUAAUUAAACUAUAAAUUACUAAAUAAUAAAUUGUACACUACUCGUUAAUAUAUAUUAACAAUUCCAGUUACACCUAGAACAUACUAGAACGAAAUAUAGUACUUUAUUAUAAUUAUUUGUUUAUAGCUUUCGUUGUUGGAGGUAUUGGAGGAUUUGGAGUUACCGGUGGUGCACACAGAUAUUAUUCUCAUAAAUCAUUCAAAGCCAAUCUGCCAUUACAAAUUAUACUUUUAUUGUGUUACUCAGUAUCGGGACAGGUACGGUAUAUACGAGCUGUCACGGCUCUAAUAUUAAAAUAAUCCACUGAAAAUUCGAGUGCCGGGUGGUUUUGUUUUUAUAUCGGUAUUGAUUUCGAGUAGUUAUUUUUAAAAAUAUAUUCUAAAAGUUCAGUGUCGAUAAAUAUAUAUAUAUGUAUAUAAAAAAUUAAAAAAAAUAGUAAAUUUACUUCAGACAUCCCUGCUGUGUGUAAGAUAUGCUUAAAAAAAAAAAAAUUAUCUUGACAGUCGGUAUACUGUGUGGUUAUUCUUAUUAGAUACUGACGACGUAAAUAGUCGCAAUAUUAGGUUAUUGGAUCUAAGAAUCCCAUAGAUAUUUUUGGACGUGACCAUUUAGUCAUAGCUGUGUGGACAGGAUCUUUUUGGUGUGAAAAGUUUUGACGCAGCUGUUUGGAUGUGAAUAAAAAUAAAUACUUUUAUGUACGAAUUUAUAUUAUUAACAAUUUUGAACAGUUAAUCUGUUAAUUUUAUUUAAAAUAUCGACUGUAAGAGUUAUAAUACAAAUUAAGAAUGUUUACAAAAUUUGAAUUUGUUGAAAAUAAUUAUAAGUAUUAGAUUUGAUUCCUAAAUAAUUUUAAUAAUUAAUUUAUGGAAAUGCACUGUAAAUAUACAACAUUAAUAUUCAGUAUUGUUUUUCUCAUUUGUUUGAAAACAGGACAUUGUUUAUUUGGUGUCCUUAGAAUGUAAAAAUUACAAUAAUCGUAAAAACAAUAUAGACUGAGCAUUUAAAAUAAAAUUAAAUAAACUAUCUGUUCAAAAUUACGUACAUAAAUUCGUUUAAGUACUUCCGAAAUAUCUGCCGCCCAAACGUCUCGUGCCAUAACAGUCCCGUCAAAAUAUCCCAAUUCCCAGCUUAUGAAAACACACAUCACAGUAAAAUCAAUACAUCGUUCCCUCGCUACGUUUCGAAUUAAAAAUCUUAAGAAAGUCGGCAUAUUGAGUGGUUGUUGUUAUUUCCCAUAAUGUAGGUAGUCACAUAUCAGAUUAUGGGGAUCUAGAAAUUCUAUAGGACAUUUGGACAUAACAAUUUGUGUGUGGCUGUUUAGACGGAACCCUUUUGUCUUGAGAAGUAUCAGUACAACCGUUUUGGACGUAGAGACAUUUUAACGUGAAUAUAAAUAAAUAAACACUUUUAUAUACGAAUUUAUAUAAACAACGUUGAACAGUAUAAUUAUUUGAUUUUAUAAAUUACUAAAACAAACUGAAAAUCUCAACAAAAUUUGCAUGUAUAAAAAAUUAUUAUGCUAAAUUAAUAAUUAAAUUUAUUAUUAUGAUAAUCAAUUUAGAAAAAUGCCCUUUAAAAACGACAUAAAAAUCCGUGUUACUUAUGUCACUUUUGUGCGUCUGAAUGUCAUUUAUUUCGAUCAAAAUAAUCGUUUGUUUUCGUAGUUAUGUUAAUAAAAUUAAACAUUUUAAUAAAAUCAAACAGAUUAAUUGUUUAACUUUAUUUCUAUAUAUUUGUUUAAGUACGUCUUAAAUGGCUUCACCUAAAACGUCUCGUAUUAAAACAGUCAUGCCAAAAUUUUCACGCUCCCAUUACCCAGUUUAUGAUGAUUUGUACCUAAUUACGUCAGUCAGUUUUUAAUCGGGAAAAUAUUGGGCAUAUAGACAAAACAAAAUAUUAAUUCAACAAUUUAAAAGAAUUUUGUCCCAAAUAUAUUAACAAUAUUACUACUGUUAUACACUAUCCGCUUUGUUCAAAUCAAAAGUAAACUAAAUAAACUUAAAUAAACUAUAGAAUCGGUUCAAAGAAAAAUGUGCCAGAUUAUACGAAUGGAAAAUAUAAAUAUUCAGAUGUGUUUUGGAUGUUUAGCAUAGUUUAGUGACCUGGGUUCGAGACCACCGGAUGCAUCACAAGUUCAGUGAGACAGAUGCUGAUCCGCACAAUGCAAACAGAGGUUUUUUCUAUGCGCACAUUGGCUGGCUAAUGCAACACCAUCAUCCUGAGUAUUAUAAACGUAGCAGUAACAUCGAUGUGUCGGACAUUAUUAACGACCCUUUGGUACAAUUCCACGCAAAGUAAACAAUUACGACCAACAUGCAAGGUGGAAAAUAAUUUAUAGACGCGUUUCGUUCUUAUUUCUCAGAUACUUUUUUUUGGCAAAGAUACUGAUAUGUUUUGUCCUACCGAUAAUUAUACCGGUGUACGCGUGGAACGAAAGUUGGAAGAUAUCUUUAUUGGUACCGGGGAUUUUACGAUACGUGUGCAAUUUGAAUUUCACUUUUUCUGUAAACAGUAUAGCUCACUUUUGGGGACAUAAGCCGUACAAUAAGUAAGUAUCCAUAUCUAUACGUAAAGACGGACUGGACGUAUUCCCUUUAGCAAGGAUUUUAAAACCCACAUUCCUGAUCGUUUUUAACUAAAAAAUUGAAAUCCUUAUAAAAAGGAUUUAUAAGCUCGGAAAUCUAAAUCCAAUCUCUAAAAUGUAAGCAACAGACUAUGUGAUAUGAUACAAAGUAGCAUUAAUAAAUGAUUUAGACAAGGGCGUAACACUGGAAAAUAAUUUCCGGGGGAGGGGGGGAUUUCGAACUAAAAUAUGUGUGAUGUUCUAAUUGUAUUAUAACAUUGUAUAGGUAAUUUAUAAGCAAUAUACUAUGAAUAAAUUUUGGAUGGAGUUUGAAACCCCAAAACCUCCUUCCGGUUACUGUCUUUGAUAAAGAUUUUAAUUUAUAGAUAUUUAGUAGAAUAAUAAACUAAUAACAUGAGUCAAUCAAUAGUAUCAAUUAAUAAUACAAUUAUAUCUUGCUAAACUCUGCUUAAACUUAAUACCUAUAGAUGUCUUGGCAGUUUUGAUUUUAGUUUUUUGUUUUUCGUGCCACAGAAGCAUUCAGCCUGUACAAAACUUGAUCGUAUCCAUACUGGCCAUGGGGGAAGGAUGGCACAACUAUCACCACGUUUUCCCGAUGGAUUACAGAACAUCCGAACUUGGUGGUUAUUUGUUUAACUUGACAACGAUGUGGCUGGACUUUUUCGCUCGUAUAGGCUGGGCGUAUGAUCUCAAGACACCAUCCGAGCAGCUUGUCCGACGGGUGGCCAUCAAUCACGGCGACGGUAGUUGGCAUGAUGCAUCAGAUAAAAUAAUACUAGGGAAAUAAAAUGCUUCGUAACUCUGGCCACGCAAUGAAUUUCCGCUUUUAUACAUAAUUUGCCAUUAUUGGUUUCCAAAAUCGAUUGUUCCCCUCGUGUAUGUGUUUAUUGUAUAUAAAUGUUGAUUUCGCAUCAUUUUCUAAAAUGCGCUCUUAGUUUUGGCCAUUCACAUUAAGCCUGUAUUUAUUUGUUUUGAAGUUUUUUUUUAAAAAUUUCACUUAUUUAGUAUUUAGGUUAGUUUCAUAAUUUUUUAUAAUAGAUUAAACGAGGAUUUUAACGACCUACUCGUGUAAUAUUUAAACGAAAUGUAUUUACUGUUUAUUUCAAUAAUAAAACAAAAGUAAUUAUCAAUUAAUAAUUAAUGUGUUUUAGUAAUAAUAAUACUAUGGUGGUGGAGCAUUAACCACAGUAGCUCCUAGAUCGAUAAGUUAACUGAAAAUGUCGUGUAAAUCAUAGUCAAUACGGAAGACAGUAAAAAAAGUAAUGAAACUGUCUACUAUAAUAAUCUUAUAUGUACGUAUAUAUAAGUUCUCUGGUCACAGUGUUUGUUAUUUAUUUCCUCUGAAACGACUCAAACGAUUUUCAUGAAAUUUUUUGUAUAUAUUUGGUAGGUCUAAGAAUAUGCCGUAAAGUAUUUUUCACCCUCCUACUCUACCCAUUAUUUUUUAACCGCGAUUUUAGUAUUUUCACUAUAUUAUUUUAUUCACGUAUAUUAGUAUAUAUACGAGCAACACCAAAUAAUUUAGCUUAUGAUAUAAUAAAUACAAUUUUUCUUGUUGGUUUGUAUUACCACGGUAACAGGGAUGAAAAAUAAUAUUGAUUAAUUAUAAUUAGAAGUUAGCCGGAAAAUAUCAUGUGAUCAUCAAAAUUAGUUCAUUUUUAUACCUACUUCUUUAUAUUUCAUUCUUUGUAGGUAUUUCUACGUGAUUAUCCUAUUAUUUCAAAUAUAUUUAUCUUCUAUUUCUAUACUUAGUGUCUUAAGUCUACUACUAUCCCCAUAACCACGACUCUCUUUAUAUUUUCCCCCGUUUAAACCUCUUUUAACUCCUCUUAUUCCCCCCCCCCUUUUUUAUUUUUCCUAUUUUUUUGUAUAACUACAAGUGGCUCAAAAUUUUUGGCGAUUUAAAUGUAAGAAAGUAAAUCAAAACGGCAAA